AGAAAAGCCUCGACCAACGGCUCUCGUCCAAUAUCUGCGUCAAGCCGUUGCAUCACUCCAUUCCUCUCGGUUCCGAUGCUACGUUGGCAAGUAGAGCGAUCGGCAAGGAGGGCCAGCCAAGCGCUGCGUCGUCCUGCCUGGCCUCUCGUCAGCGAUGGGCCAACGUCCGAUGGCCCGUGGUGCACUGAUGUGCAUCGACGUCGUGUCUCUUAUGGGCUGUUCAUCUGACGUGGUGUCCCCCGACCCUGCUCCCUCCUCUCCUAUUUCUUCCGACGCUGCCGGCUUCGUCUCGUUGCUGUGCUUGUUUUCCAUUCCAGCUACUGCCGUCCGAUCCUCUCGGCCGGCACACCGGUCCCGUCGUACACAGGACAAUGUCCUCGCUGCCCUGUCAGACGUCGUGGAGAUAUCCUCCGACGACAACCGACCGCGUUCCAACCGCCGAGGCGCAGCCUACUCGCCACCAGAACUGUCCCACUCCACCUCAUAUGCAGGAGCAGUACCAAUGACGACGGCUGAACCUCCCCUCUCCUCCCUGCCUUCUUCCGGCAACGUAGCCUCCCACAAUGACCCCUUGAACAAUGGCGUACCGCCUCCGGUGCCCUCAAAAGGACGUACCACCUCCUUUGACAAUGAACAUCUGUCGGCUUCCAGAAGUGGCAUGGUUGGCAAAUUCGCAAGCGCCUUCAAAAGGCAGACUGCAGAGGAGAAAGAGGCCAAGAGGAGAGAUAAGGCUCAGAGGGCUGGACAACUGAGCAGGUCAAACACCAUUGGUGGUAGCAGGAUGGACGUCAUCGACAAGCUGGACGCCAGCGGUAUCCAUGGAAGCAGUCUCUUUCAUCACGACUCGCCGUAUGAUGCCUGCACUCCUCAUGCCAACAGCUCGCAGAGAGCCCCUGUCAAGGCUUUUGACCCCAACACUGAUCCGAUGACAGGCUUGUCGAUCAGUGACGGUGCUGGCAGCGGAUCUCGUCGCCCUGCCGCUACCCGAGUUGUAUCCGAGACUGGAGGCAAAGCCCGACCGGGUAGGAAGCGCAACGAUUCUCUGCCGGUGGUGGCAAGCCUGCCAUUCGAUGCCUCAGGCAACCAGCCUACACGCCUGCCCUCUAGUCGGCAACAGUACGCCCCUUCUGAUAGCACGCACGACAACGCUAGCGUUACCACGGCGUCAGAUGCCGAUGGUCACGAUAGAGGAUACGGAAGAAAUGCAAGUGCGGUCAAGCCCAACUCGGCCAUGGCUGCCAUGUGGGGUGUUCAAGAUGACGAGCCCUGGCAAGACUUUGCCGCGCCCAAGUCGAGUCCUCGUGGCAAGGGCGGCAAGAAGGUAGGAAAGGCCAACGGAGGAUCUCGUGGAGCAGGCGGCGGCGCUUAUCUGGGCCCAUACGAUCCCAGGGGCAGCCGUGAUGGACACUCGUCUGCCACCAGCUCCGUUCUGGACAUGGAGACACUCAUGACGGGUCAGACUGCUGAAGAGAAGCGUCGCGCCGCCGAGGGCUUCGCUUCACCAAGCCAGGAGAUUGCCGGCGUCUCCCCCUUCCCAGAGCCGGAUUACGACCGAAUGGAAAAUGACGGAACAGGCGCAUCGGGCCCCAAGAGGAACAAGUCUCUGCUUCGCCGCAUUAAGUCUGCUCGUCAGAAUCCCAAUGUGCCUCCCCCCGUCGACAACGAUCAGGUGGAAAUGAGCAGCCGGGCCGCCAGCAAGAGGUAUGGGCCUAAUUCUCACCGCGGCGGUCCUUCCAGUCCCGUCGAAGGUCCGCGAUCUGCUAGCAGUGGGCGAGACUGGUCCAGCCUUACCAGUCCCAACCUGGGCGCCGGGUCUUCCAGUGGUAACGGCGCUGCUGCUUCCAGUGGUCUAGCGAGGAAUGGAACCAGGAGGGCUACCAAGGAGGAACAGGCACGCUACUUUGACGCCGCGACGGGCUACAACGAUGCUCCCCGAUCCGCGAGCGCUCGGUACCCUGGUGUGGGAGGUACGGGCGAGGGCGACAACGUCGGGGCUGCCGCUGCCGACACUGGGUACUUUUCCGCCUCUGCGCAACCUGGCAGUGGCUACCUCAGUCCUUCGGAGAGGAACCAGGCUAGGACACCCCUGGCUGGGCAAGACUCGGGAGCCAAUCCUGGAUUGGGAAGGAGUGGCAGCUUGUUUGGGCGAUUUGGCAGAAAGGGAAAGAGCGGUGAGAGGACGCCUGGAUACUAAAGUUGGGGUGACAGGGUCAAGAUGGUCCAUCCACCCAGGCUAGGUCAUGAGCCUUUACGGAGCUUCCACUAUCGCCUCGCAUUGAUCAUCCACCUCGGCUAGCUUCCUCAAGUACUCUAUCACCACCUUCCGCUCGUCUACCAUUUGUAUGCAUCCCCUUCACCGCGCGACCUUGUCCAUGUCCGCCCAGCCCACCCGACGCACGUCAAGCCCUUCUGGCUCUCCUCGUCUUGAUCUAUCUUCUACCUUUCUUCCCUUCGCAGCAAUGACAUGAUAUGACGUGACAUGAUGUGAGAAGAUUGUACUGGUGGUCGUGGUCGUGGUUGUGAUCGUGGCCGGUGGUCAGACCCAGUCAGUUCUAUGCUGUUGUUGGGAGAGAAAGGAUCAACUCGCGUAGAGGAGCGCGCGUCAGUAAACUAGCCCAGUCUAACGGAAAGGCGAGCGAGACGAGUGGAGAAGCGCACAAGGCGCACAAGUGACA